CCAUGAUGUUUUGAUGUACAGAAUUCCAUUCAGCCACCAGGGCUCAUAACUAUGUCAACCAUCAGCGAGCGCAAAGUGUCUGCGUCCCUAGGGCGCUCUGUGAGAGGCACAGCACCGCGUGUCGCAGACCUAGCCUCCACCCCCGAAACGCCGCGCACACCCCUCCAGCGCGCAUCCUCCUCCCUCUAUGGUUCACCGAGUGGCAAUUAUCGUACCGAAGAUGAGUAUGUUGUUUUGGAAGUCGGUUCACGAUUCGUACGAGGAGGAUUUCCCGGUGAGAGUGCCCCUCGAUGCACACUCCCGUUCGGUCCAGACAGGCAAAGAAGGGUGGGCGACUACAGGCAAUACGACCCAGAGUAUAGUCAAAGAAGACGGAGAAAGGACAGGGGUCAGGAAUGGGGUGAAGAUCAUGAGCUUUACUGUCUAGACCUUACUAAGGUCGACAUGGGUCUUGUGGGAGACAAGUUCGAGCGGGCCAUAAGAGAGGCAUACACGAAGUACUUCCUACUAGACACGAAGCCGCGACGCAUCACGCUAGCGCUUCCGCCGCGAUUACCGCAUGCGCUCAUCACAAAGAUCCUUGAUAUACUGUUCAAGAGCUUCCACGCACCCAGCAUCACCCUCAUGUCGCACCCCGUUCUCUCUACCGUCGCCGCAGGCUUGCGCUCAGCGUUGGUCGUUAACAUUGGAUGGGCCGAGACGCUGGUCACAGCCGUUUGCGAGUAUCGGGAGGUGCAUGAGAAGCGGACGUUGCGAGCAGGCAAAUGGUUGAGCGAAGAGAUGGCCAAGGUGCUGAACGCCGAGCUCGACGAAGACGCUGCACCAGGCACACCGAAAGCAGAUGUGUCGUUCGAGGAAGCAGAAGAGGUGCUCACGCGUGUUGGGUGGUGCAAACCCAGUUCAAGAGGGAACCGAAAAACCAUCUACUUCCCCGCGCGUGAGGCGCCGUUACUGGAAGAAUGGGAAGAUGCUAUCGAAACACCUCCACCCACCGUCAUGAUCCCGUUUCCGAAGCACAUACCGCCGACCGAGCUCAAGGUAGCACUUGCCUCGUUAGCCAAGCCUGCCGAGAAUAUCCUUUUCGAACCAGAAGUACCGUCGAACGAGUUCGACGACGAAGAACUGCCUAUCCAUCACCUCGUUUACCGCACGCUGGUUGCACUCCCGGUCGAUGUCCGCCGACUUUGCAUGUCACGCAUCGUCAUAACGGGUGGAGUGGCAGACAUGCCAGGCCUGAAGACCCGAAUCCUGAAAGAGCUGGAAGUGCUCGUUCAGUUGAGGGGAUGGGAUCCAGUCAAGACCUGGGGCGCGGGCGCUGCGCGUCACGAAGACAGACUGCGGGCACAGCAGCGCAAUUUGGCAAUGAAGCGGCAGAAAGAAGAGGGCAGGAUUUCUGAGUCGCUUGAUCCCGCUGCAGCACCUGCCUCGUUGCCAGCUGGUCUACAAGAGCCGGAGAUCGACAACAUCGACAUCAAGCUCGCCAACGCCAGCUUGAAGAAAGGGCCACCACUCGAGUGCUCCAUUGGCGGUACGAUCAGAGGUGUGCAGACGCUGGGUGCUUGGGCCGGGGCCAGCCUUGUUGCUCAUCAAAGAACUCGAGGCAUUGUCGAGAUCGAAAGAGAGCGUUACUUGCAACAUGGGUUACAGGGUGCCUCGAGAGACAAGGAGGUCUCAGUCAUUCCGCAACGGCAAAGCAUGGGCCCUGGCGUUGCACGCGGUGCCGGUGAGCGAGUGAGCUGGACACUUGGGGUGUGGGCAUAAACGACACUUUCUACGCAUACGGACAUUUCCGCAUUUCAGCAUCUCAGCAACGAGAAAGCUAGUGAGCGUUCUGUUUGGUCUUUCAACUAUGAUACCCAUUUCCAAUGCAGUAACAAGUCCGGAUGUUUGCUGAUUUGCGCAUUUGCUCAAUGCACGUGGCGACGUCUUGAUCGGCUCCUUCCCUCAUUA